AUGGAGGCGCCCGCCAGCGCGCAGACCCCGCACCCGCACGAGCCCAUCAGCUUCGGCAUCGACCAGAUCCUCAACAGCCCGGACCAGGACAGCGCACCGGCCCCGCGGGGCCCCGACGGCGCCAGCUACCUGGGCGGGCCCCCCGGGGGCCGUCCGGGCGCCACGUACCCGUCCCUACCCGCCUCCUUUGCGGGCCUCGGCGCGCCCUUCGAGGACCCGGGAUCUUACAGUGUCAACCUGAGCCUGGCGCCCGCCGGCGUGAUCCGGGUGCCCGCACACAGGCCGCUGCCCGGGGCCGUGCCGCCGCCUCUGCCCAGCGCGCUGCCCGCCAUGCCCUCCGUGCCCACGGUCUCCAGCCUGGGCGGCCUCAACUUCCCCUGGAUGGAGAGCAGCCGCCGCUUCGUGAAAGACCGCUUCACAGCGGCGGCGGCGCUCACGCCCUUCACCGUGACCCGGCGCAUCGGCCACCCCUACCAGAACCGGACGCCGCCCAAGCGGAAGAAGCCGCGCACGUCCUUUUCUCGGGUGCAGAUCUGCGAGCUGGAGAAGCGCUUCCACCGCCAGAAGUACCUGGCCUCGGCCGAGAGGGCGGCGCUCGCCAAGUCCCUCAAAAUGACGGACGCGCAGGUCAAGACGUGGUUCCAAAACCGGAGGACCAAGUGGCGGCGGCAGACGGCGGAGGAGCGGGAGGCGGAGCGGCAGCAGGCGAGCCGGCUCAUGCUGCAGCUGCAACACGACGCCUUCCAAAAGAGCCUCAACGACUCCAUCCAGCCCGACCCUCUCUGUCUGCACAACUCGUCGCUCUUUGCUCUGCAGAAUCUGCAGCCCUGGGAGGAGGACAGCUCCAAGGUCCCCGCCGUCACCUCUCUGGUGUGAGCCACCAGCGCGCACAGUCGCCAAGGAUCGCCGCCCCCACCUGGCGGGGCGCCCCGGGCCCCCAGCCGGGCUGGGGCGGACCCGAG